AUGUUUUCAUAGUAAUUAGAUUAAUCAAACUCUCAAAAUUCUUCAUAAUAAUCAUAGACGUUUCUGACAGUUCCUCGUCUCAUUCAAUAGGAAUCUCAAGCUUAUUAUGUAGGAGGCCAUAAAUAAAUAGAUUUUGAAGAUCCAAAUUCAUUAUAAAAAAGCGAGCAUAAGGAAAGUUUAGAAGAAGGAGAUAUUUUAGGUUCAAAAAUCUCUAUUGAGAAACGUGAAAUCAAUAGAAUUGAUGAAGUUGAAGAAAAUUAUAAAUCAUUAAAACUAUUUCAAAUUGAAAUGUAAAAUGUCAGUGCCAGGAAGCUUAUAAUAAAUACUAGAAAGGUUAGUGAUCCAAAUGAUAUUGGAAUUUAAAAGUAAACAGAAUAAAUCGGAAGAGGUUCAUCACCAAAUCUAAAAAUAAAAGAAUGUCCAUUAUAGGAUUCAUUUACUGUUGCUAAAUGGCCUAAAAGAUGGUUCUACAUAAUUAAGUUUUUAAGUAAGUUGAUGUCAGUAUAACCAAAAAUCCUUAAGCAAUCACAUUUAAUGUUAAUUGACGAUAAGGCUUUGAUUAUAAAUCAAAAGAUAUUUCUUUUAAAUCCAUUUUCUCCAUUUAUUGUUUGGAGUCGUUAUAUUUUUCUAUUAUUAUACAUUGUUGGAUUUGUACUUAUCUAUUUAGAAUUCGCUUUUACUAUCACGAAUAGUAUCUUUAUAGUUUUUUGUAUAUUUAUAAUUUAAUCAAGUUGGAUUCACAAUUGUAGAAACUCUGAGCAAUUACUUUAUUGGAGUUUAUAUCUAAGAACUAUACACAGAAAAUAGAUGGCUAGUAGCAAAAUAAUAUCUAAUCUAUGA